AUGGCGUCCAGCGGCGAGGACAGGCUGUGGACGGCGCUGCCAGGGCUGGAGGCGGUCACGGCCGCCGGCCCCUGGACAGACCCCGCCCCCGCCAACGCCUCCAAUGGCACGGACGCGCAGCUACCGAGCCAGAGCGCCGAGGACACUGAGCUGGAGGCCUUCUACUUCUACAGCAAGGCAGCUCUCUUUCGUGUUCUGCUCUCCCUCGCACUGUACAACAUUCAGAUAAUUACAUUAGUCCGGGAUCUGGCUGGUGACGUGGUCGUGUGUUGUUGCCGGCGGCGGCGCAGCGUGCCGGCGCUGCUCGUGCUGUGCAUGGUGUCGCUGUCGGUGAACGCGCGCGUGCUGGUGUCCGUGUGCUGGAUCCGGCGGCCGCUGUCGCCCACGCUGCACAUCUCGCUCAGCCUGGCCGGCGCAGACCUCUUCGCCUCGGCCGCCCUCGCCACCGGCCUCAUGCUCAACAGCCUCUUCAAGGCGCUGCACCUCCAGCAGGACCAGUGCCUGCAAUUCACCGUCGAGGCGCUCCGGCUCACAGGCAUCAUCGCGGCGGUGGCGCACCUGCUGGCGCUGGCGGCGAACCACUACCUGGGCAUCUUGCGGCCACUGCACUACCCGGCUAUCAUGACCCACCGCAACACGUCCGCCUGCAUCGCGCUGCUGUGGCUGCUGCCGGCCGCCUUCUUCUUUGUGUACUUCUCGUCCGUCCCGGGACAGGGCUACCAGAGCCCCACCUGCAACUACGACUUCCUGCUGUUCUGCAAGUUCCGGGCGACCUUCUCCUCGCUGUUCUUCGGGCCGCUGCUGCUGAUGGCGAUCAUCUACGCGCACAUCUUCGUGAUCGUGCGGCGGCACCAGGCGAGCCGGCUGCGCUUCAGCCGCCGCCACCGCGGCAGCCAGCGCCGCGCCCACCACCACCACCACGCGCCGCACCAGCACCACCACCAGCACCAGCACAGCAACCAGCAGAUGGCGCGCAGCGUCAAGGCCAUCCGCACCACGCUGCUCAUCCUCGGCUCGUACGUGGUCGGGCUCAUGCCGGGCGUGCUCGUGUUCGUGCUCGUCUGCGCCGACUGCCCGUUCCCGUUCCCCGAGACGCCGCGCGACAAGUUCCGCAUGUUCUUCAUCUACACCACCGUCAACUUCCUCAUCAUACUCAAGACCUUGCUCAACCCCAUCAUCUACGCGGCGCGAAUGCAGGAGAUCAAGGUUGGUGCAACCGUUUCUUAA